UCACAAAAUUAACAUCAAAACGCCAUUUCCUAGCUAUCCCACUCUCCAUACCACACAACCUCUAAAAUACCUUACUUUUAAUUCAGGAGUUUUGUAAGAUUAAGUGGAAGUGAGUUAAAAAAAAAAAAAAAUGGCCUCCACUUCAUGUUUCUUGCACCACCAUGCACUUACCACUCCCACUAGAGCCUCAUCAUCACAGCGCCAAGUGCCAAACAUGAAGCCCACUCAGGUAGUCUGCAAGGCACAGAAGCAGUCAGUUCAUGAAGAUGAUAUGAGUGCUGUCUCUCGCCGGUUGGCUCUCCAAGUGCUCAUUGGUGCUGCAGCCAUUGGCUCCAAGGUUUCACCUGCAGAUGCAGCCUACGGUGAAGCUGCCAAUGUAUUUGGCAAGCCAAAGACCAACACAGAUUUCUUGCCGUACAAUGGAGAAGGAUUCAAGUUAUCCAUCCCCUCAAAGUGGAACCCAAGCAGAGAGAGGGAAUUCCCAGGACAGGUUCUUAGAUAUGAGGACAACUUCGAUUCCAACAGCAAUGUUAGUGUCAUAAUCAACUCAACUGAUAAGAAAUCCAUCACCGAUUAUGGUUCCCCCGAGGAGUUCCUCUCCAAGGUGGACUUUUUGCUUGGGAAACAAGCCUACUUUGGCAAAACUUCUUCUGAGGGUGGUUUUGACAAUGAUGCUGUAGCAACAGCAAACAUAUUGGAGGUUUCAAAUCCAGUGAUUAAUGGAAUUCCGUACUACUUCUUGUCAGUGUUGACAAGGACUGCUGAUGGGGAUGAAGGUGGCAAGCACCAACUAAUUACAGCAACUGUUAAAAAUGGUAAGCUUUACAUUUGCAAGGCACAAGCUGGAGACAAACGGUGGUUUAAGGGAGCAAGAAGGUUUGUGGAGAGCACUGCUAGUUCUUUCAGUGUUGCCUAAGAAUUUAAUGAGGGUUUGUAUAUGUAAAUCACCUUAAGAUUAUGAUGUUAUUUUGUUUUGAGUUGUCUAGCCCCUUUUCCAGAGUUAUCAGAGCUGGUUAUUUGAGUGAGUUGGUUGGAGGAAACUUAAUUGUGGAUAUAUAUUUGAAUAUUUGGCUGCAGAUAUGAACCCUCUUUAACGAGUUUUAAACCCUCUCCCAUUCCGUCUA